AUGGGGCAGAAGCAGAUUGCAGAUGCUUUUCCCAGUGAUUACCAGGCCAUUGUGGACGCCGAGUGGAACAUCCUGUAUGACAAACUAGACAAAAUCCACAAGUCAGGAGCCAAAGUUGUCCUGUCCAAACUUCCCAUCGGGGACGUGGCCACGCAGUACUUUGCCGACAGGGACAUGUUCUGUGCCGGCCGCGUCCCGGAGGAGGAUCUCAAGCGGACCAUGAUGGCCUGUGGUGGAUCCAUCCAGACCAGUGUCAAUGCCCUGACAGAUGAUGUUCUGGGCCGGUGUGAACUCUUUGAGGAGACUCAGAUUGGGGGAGAGAGGUACAACUUCUUCACGGGCUGCCCCAAGGCCAAGACCUGCACGAUCAUCCUGCGCGGGGGAGCGGAGCAGUUCAUGGAGGAGACGGAGCGGUCCCUGCACGAUGCCAUCAUGAUCGUCAGGAGAGCCAUCAAGAACGACUCGGUCGUUGCCGGCGGCGGUGCGAUAGAGAUGGAGCUUUCCAAGUACCUCCGGGACUAUUCCAGGACCAUUCCAGGGAAGCAGCAGCUGCUGAUCGGUGCUUACGCCAAAGCCCUCGAGAUCAUUCCCCGCCAGCUCUGCGACAACGCCGGCUUCGACGCCACCAACAUCCUGAACAAGCUCCGAGCCAAGCACGCACAGGUAGGGCCACCUGGGAGCCCAGGGCACCCCCAGGGGUGGGUGGGAUCCUUUUCUCCCUGAUGUUUUCCUCCUGGAGCUGUUGGAUCCGGUGUAACUCGGCUGAGCCCGUGUUAGACUUGUCCUCUUUGAUUAAACGCCGUGUUUGUUCCCAGAUCAAGUGCGGGCUCGGCACACGUUGCUAUAAAAGGAAAGGAUCUGUCUUCCCUUU